AUGUCUGAAGAAUUCAAAAUGGAGAACCUCGAGUCCCAGAGACCUUCUGAGAAGCCUAUCAUGCAGCCUACAGCUGCAGCUGCACGUUCCCUCAAUGUUUUCCCAGCUGAAAUCCACCUCGCGAUCCUCGAAAACCUUCCACGGCAGGAUCGAGAAGCUUUAUCAGUCUGCUCCAAGUACUACAGGGAUUUAUGCUUACCCUUCCUAUUCAAACACAUCGUAAUAAAUCAAGAUGAUCCAAGCAUAUUUAUGAAAGGGGGUUCAUUAGAACGUAUUCGUCGUUACACAAAUGAGCUAAUAUGGGGUUCCCAACCAAACAAAAGAUCUAUACGCCUGAUCUGGCUAAGUUUCAAAUGGGGCUCUCAGCAAGAAGUAAUUGAUAAUCUGGGGGACGCACACCUCUGCCCUGGAGACUCUUAUUUAGAGGAAGUCUACUCUGACCUUCGUAUGAAGAUGAACGUAUUGAAGCUCUUCCCAUCUCUACGAACCCUUCGUGUUCUUUUGGGGGUCUUGUACUCAACUGAGAAGGCUGUUUAUUCGGUAUUCCUCAAAGCGCUUGCUGAUUCAGGAUUCCGUGAUACACUCGAAGGGCUUGAGCUCCGCAUCGAGAGUAAAAGUGACACGAUGGGACGAUCACAAGAUGAGAUAUUUAAGGCUUCAUAUUUGACCUUAUCAAAAGAGAACCAAGAGUUUCUUGGUGAGAUGAUACCCAGCGGGUAUACGCUCAAAUCGUUCAAAAACAUGACUCCGGACCUACCGGUACUAAAGAAAGUCACUCUCUCAAUCUAUAACCUUCCUCAGCCAACCGAUGACCCCGGAUCAAAACCCUUCACCGAUUUUGGACAUUACUACCACUUGCUUACUUCAGCCCCUAAGUUGCGUCAGCUACACGUCAAUACUUUGAUCAUACCUGGACCCAAUUCACCAUUUGAAAUGGGCAUCGAAUUACAUCCCGACCUUCUUCGUGUUUUUUCAAAGAUCAAAACUUUGCACCUCAAGACCUUCCACUUCUUCAAGGACCGAGAUGUCCGAAGACUAACCGAAAGGUUCCCGAAUGUCGAGUAUCUAAAUAUUCAACCUAAUUCUUGCUUCAAUCCAGGCAUAUGGGAAUUCUGCAACAGCAGCUUCGACGGUAUCAGUAACCUAAAGAGAUUGCGAACAUUAAUUUUACCCUGGAUAAUCAUACCAAGCCACGGAUCAUUGACGCCCCACGAAUUGAGAAAUCUGUGUUAUGAUUGGAAAGCGGAAGGGUUUGAUUGUUUGGAAACUUUGACUUUUGUGGGGAAAAGGCCUUCCGGUGAGAGGUAUGAAGAUGUCAGAGUUCGUUUGGAGUUUGUCAGGAUUCAGGAUGAAGGGAGAGGCGGGAAUGGGGAAUGGUGGCAUAAGCAAUGGGAUAUUAGGGUUUUUGUUGAGGUGGAUGGAGUCCGCGAGUAUGGACAUCUUGAUCGCUGGUCUAGACCCAUUGUAUCCUAG